UAUCCAACCUCUCCAACCUCUAUCCAACCUCUCCAACCUGUCCGCACUGUGCGCGGGGACACUCGGCGACAUGGACACGCAACUCCACAACUGAACCACAAAAGGAUUCUCUUUUUUAUCUCCUUUAUCUUCGUUCUCAAUAAUGGAGAGCUGACGGUUUGAGAGGAACCUGACGAACAGAAGCGUGACAGAGUAAAGAGGGCUAAGUACUCCACACAGGCAGGUUUUCUUUUGCUCUAUUUCAGAGACAGUACACACACUGCAGAUCAGUUGACGGGGGUCAAGUGUCAUGGCUGCGUAUGGACAGGCUCAGUACAGCCCCGCCCUCCAGGCUGCAGGACCGUACACGCCUUACGCGCACCACACACAGGGCUACAGCAUGCCGUCCUACAAUAUUAAAACAGAGGACGGACUAAGUCACUCUCCAGGACAGACGGGACUACUGGGAUACUCCAACUUCAGCAGCACGCCUCCUGCUCAAACGCUUUAUAGCUACUCACACUCUCACGGUGGGGGUAUUUCAUCAGGACUUUUUCAAAGCAGUCAUGCAAUCUCCAAUUCAACUGCAUUCAACCCGACCCAACAAGACUUUUCUGCGUACUCAAGCUACACUCAGAGUCAAUACUCUCCAUAUUAUAACUCACAUCACUACAACAAUCCAUACUUAGCCAGUAGCAACAUUAGCCCUGCUGCCAUCACGGCUCCAUUAGCCUAUCAGCACCCAGAACACCCCGGCAUGCUGCCCAAUCACAGCCCAGAGUCACAUACAGGAGAGUACCACCCGCCGCCCAGCCCCCCCACGCCCGGUAAAGAGGAGGGUGUAGCAGCGCGGAGGGGACCGGACGGGAAGCUCAGGGGGAGGAAGCGAGUCAGCGACCCCGCUCCACCUCCGGACUCUGACAUCGAGCGAGUGUUUAUCUGGGAUCUGGAUGAAACCAUCAUCAUUUUCCAUUCGCUCCUCACGGGAAGCUUCUCCUCACGGUUUGGCAAGGACUCUUCGAAGGCAGUGUCCCUGGGUCUGUGGAUGGAGGAGAUGAUCUUCAAUCUGGCUGAUUCAAGGCUCUUCUUCAAUGACUUGGAAGAAUGUGACCAGGUUCAUAUUGAUGAUGUGGCAUCAGAUGACAACGGACAGGAUCUCAGCACUUAUAAUUUUGGGACGGACGGCUUCCAGAGCCCGGCGGGGGCCGGUUCUCUGUGCCUAGGGUCAGGGGUCCACGGAGGUGUGGACUGGAUGAGGAAACUGGCUUUUCGAUACCGGAGAGUUAAGGAGAUCUACAACACCUACAAGAAUAAUAUUGGUGGUUUGCUGGGCAGCCCAAAGCGGGAGGAGUGGUUACAGCUGAGGAGAGAGAUGGAGGUCCUAACAGACCUGUGGCUUACUCAAGCCCUAAAAUCUCUGGCUCUCAUCAACUCCAGGCCAAACUGUGUGAAUGUGUUAGUGACUACUACCCAGCUCAUCCCAGCCCUGUCUAAGGUCUUACUGUACGGCCUGGGCUCGGCUUUCCCCAUAGAGAACAUUUACAGCGCCACCAAGACAGGCAAAGAAAGCUGCUUCGAGCGUGUUUCUCAGCGGUUUGGUCGGCGAGCAGUGUAUGUCGUCAUUGGAGACGGAGCUGAGGAAGAGACCGUGGCUAAGAAGAAAAACAUGCCUUCUGGAGAGUGUCCUGUCGGGCCGAUCUGGAAGCCCUGAGCCAUGCACUGGAGCUGGAUUACCUCUAGAAGGCCGCCAACUGUCAUGUUUUGCUCAAAAGCCCAAAUUCUGAGGUGCUCCUGUGUUCCUGAGUCAGCAAAGCUGCCCUAAGAGACUGAUCCAGAGUCAGGAUUGGUAUGCUGAGGUCGGGCACAUCUGAUUUCUCACUCGGCUCUCAAACAGGACUGUGAUGAAAAACGAGGCUGCGGCGUCAUAAACGUGAACGUGAAGCCAAAAGUACUGGACCAAAAAAA